AAGCAUAUAACUAUGAUCCAGGAAUAAAAGACAUCAUUCGAUUCCUCUGUUUUACAGGUUUAUAGAGAUUAUAAUCACUAGGGUCGGGGAGACAAUUAUGAUCACUCAGAGUCUGAGUCCGAGCUCAAAGGAUGCCAGCCACCCAAAAAGGAGUAGAUGGGGGAUUGUAAUUGCUACAAUAAAUUUUGUCAAAGAUCUUCCCAAUCCCACUAGAUAGUCUAGAUUUUCCCAUCACCCAGUGAGUUUGCUUGCAUCAUCAUUUCAGACUCUUCUCUCUCUCUCACAAAAAAGUACACUGCUAAAACAGUGUUUUCUUUCCCUCUUUACACAGUUGCGUUGCCUUAACCCUUGGUUGUAAGAUUCUUAAAAGAAAGUGAGAGACUUGCUUACCCGAUUUUACUCUUCUUUCUAAUCACAUUAGCUUCUCGUCUUAAAAUAGGUGAAAAGCAAAGCACUUUCUCUCUGAAAAUGGGGCUGAGAAGACCUGGCAUGAACAGAAGUUUGAACAGAGAGCAUCCAGAUAUUUUGAUUGUGAUGAUUGCAGAGCAGCAGAUAAUGAGAGGUGGUGGGGAGGACAAAGGAGAUCAGAGACAGGGAAGGGAUGGGCCCUCUAAAGACUGCAGCAGAAAUGAGUGGCACUGCACCAAGGAGUAAUGUGUUUCCCCCUCUCUCCCUAUACCCUUGUUUUUACUCGCGUGACGCUUCUGAGUCUCCUCUCUCUCUCUCUCAAAGAAAGAAUGAAUGGAUCCAAUUUUAUUCAUCUCCACCUACCUAGCUCUCUGAAGAAGCCUUUUUUGUCAUUUUGGCACUCUUUUAAGUCUCGCGCUUGAUGGGUUCUGAGUAUCGAUAACCUUUAUUUUCCAGACCCAUUGGCCAUUUUUGUUUUGAGCUUUAAAUUUUGUGGACAGAAAAAGAAAGAGGGAAAGAUUGUGGGUCUUGAUGGGGUCUGAGUGAGUCGCUGAGACUCUAAAUUUCAGGUUCUCGGGUUUUGGGUUCUUGAAGGAAUACCCACUUUUUUCCCCUUCAUGUAAAGAAAUUUACCCACUUUUUGUAUUGGCUCUUUAAUUUGUUGGGGUUUGAGCUUGGACAACGUCCGUGAUCUUCUUAGCUUUUUCACCUCUUUUUUUGAUAAAAAAAGAAACGAAGGAUUUUUUCUAAAACCACUGCUUUCUGACUUCUGAUUCAUACUCUUUUGUGGAAAAAGAGAAAGCUCGAUUACUUGUGAACUUUGCGCUGCAGUAGCUUGUGUGGGUUCCAAAAGCAAACCUAUGCAGUGCCAAACUGUUUGAUUUCGGAGGUAUAAUUUGGGGAGAUCCUAUGAACCUGCAUGAAAAUUCUUGACACUAGUCUUUUGCUUUCUGGAAGGUUUGGUGGAGCAAUCUGCAGUCUUCGUGAGUGUUUUGCUGAGCGUGAUAGUUCCUCUGCAUAUGAAUGGGAGGUGUUGAAUGAUUAUUGUCGAACAGAAUCUUUACCUUUUAUGAUGAAGGGAAAAAAGAAAGUUGCAAUUUCAUACAAAUUAGGGCUUCAGAUUGCGGUUCGAAGUUGGUCCAGGUUAAUGUUACUUGACAGACAACAAUUGAAAGCGUGAAGAUAAUCAGGAUUAGAAUGUUCUGAUCUCCCCUGAAGUUUUAGGAACAGGAUUUUCCAGGAGUCAGGAUGCCGUUCUUGAAAUAAAGCUGGCCUAACAUACAUUUGAAGCACAAGAAUCCAGUUACGCAGCCCUUAGACCAUCAAUGCAUGAUGCCUAGUAAUUUUUGGUGUCCCAUAUGAUGGAGAAUAAUUUGUGUAUAGUGCCAACAGAUAUGGGAAGCCGAAGUCCUGUUGUCAUAGAUGGAUUUCUACCAAGGACAACGUCAAACACACUCAUGCAAUACAACUCAUUUGACCUUAACAACCAAAACCACAUAAUGACUGGAUUUCCAGUGCUUUCUGGAUUGCAAGGAGAACCAAUGAAUGGUCUCCAUACUAAUCUUCAUACUCCAAAUGUUGAGCGGGUUGUUGAUUCUAAUGCAUUGGUUACAUUGCUAGGAAGAAAUGCAGCGAGAGAUGCAUCGCUUUGCAAUUCACGUCUCACUGGUAACACUCAGUUUCAAGACCAAGCAGCUGGAGGAGCAGCUAUUGCUGCUGCUUCACAUGCUACAUUCCUGGCUGCAAAAUUUGGUCUUCAAGAAAAUCUGAACAAUUUAGCAAUUUUGGCCCCUUCAAUCUGUCCUUUGGAUGUUUUAGGAACUUAUGCUUCAAAUGGCUGUUCUAAUGCUUCUUUUGCAACAUCUUUGAGCUGUGGAUAUGAAGAUGUACUUGGUAAUGCGAACACGAAGUGGGAUACCAAGUACCCCACUCCACUAGAGCUUGUUGGGAAAUCCCCAGUAAGAGCAGAGCCUCAGCCAUAUUCAUCUACAGCAAGUAUCAUUCCAGAUGGAUGGAUGUCAUCACAUAGUGGAAAUGUGAUGGCAAAUGCUCCUUGCAGUUCCUCCAAUUUUAAUAAUGAGCUCUCGUUAACUCUUGCUACAUCUGAGCCUUCUGUUCUCAAUGAGAUUAACAUCCCGGAUCAGUGCUCUGAAAUGGGUAUGUCUGGUGUGACUCGCCAUUGCUUGAAUGAAACAACAUUAAGUUCUGAACAGACUUGCAACAGUAAGGAGCUUUCUGUAAGUUUUGGCUCUCACAGAUCACCUGAGUUCUCUCAAGUAAUACUAGGAUCAAGAUAUCUUCAUGCAAUCCAGGAGAUACUUGCUCAAAUUGCAAACUAUUCACUAGAAAAUCUAGACCAUAUGAGUUAUCCAACUGCUUGGAAUGAGGCUGGUUCAAAUAUACCGUUCACUUCAAGUUUCCCUGCUGAAAGAUGGAUGUCUUCCACAGUUCCUGAUGUGGAUGGUGGAUUGGAGCUUCAAAUGGAGUUCACAUUGCAAAGACGGACCGUUGAAGCUAAGAAAACCCAACUGCUGACUCUGCUACAAGUGAUUCAGGUCGAUGACCAAUACAACCAAUGCGUAGAUGAGAUCCAUACUGUUAUAUCUGCAUUUCAUGCUGCUACCGAGUUGGACCCUCAGAUACAUGCUCGUUUUGCUCUGCAAACAGUGUCUUUCUUGUAUAAAAACCUGAGAGAAAGGAUUAGCAACUAUAUCCUUGCAAUGGGAGCACAUUUUAACAGCACAUGCAAGAAAGAGAAGAAAAGAUCUUUUGAAACUUCUUUCAUCCAAAAGCAAUGGGCUCUACAGCAGCUAAAAAGUAAAGAUCAUCAGUUAUGGAGACCCCAACGAGGCUUGCCAGAAAGAUCUGUCUCAGUUUUAAGGGCAUGGAUGUUUCAAAACUUUCUUCAUCCGUAUCCUAAAGAUGCAGAGAAGCAUUUACUUGCAGUAAAAAGUGGAUUGACUAGAAGCCAGGUAUCCAAUUGGUUCAUCAAUGCUCGAGUUCGGCUGUGGAAACCAAUGAUUGAAGAAAUGUACGCUGAGAUGAACAGAAGAAAGUUACAACGAGAUGAGGAAGGAACCCAAGCCAAUCAUAGAAACCACGUAAGCAUCAACAACCAUAGAUUUAAUUCCACAUGAAGCUGAAGGAAGAAAAGGUACAUAGAAAAUUUCGAGGACAGUUUCUUUGUCAUUCUGUAAGAAACAAACCGCAUCUAGAUCCUGUACAUAUGCUCUAUUGAAGUGUUGGGGGCUUUAAUGAUUACACUUCUCUUAAUCACAUGCUUCCCAGCAUGAAUGCCUUGGGCGAAUCAGAAUUCUGUGUACUAUACGUGGAAUUGUUUUGCAUGUUUUCUGCAGAAUGUAAGAUUUCCUUCCAUUGAGUUUA